GUUGAUGGCAGCACCACAGUGCGGACGCCUGGCCGAUCGCGGAGCGCAGCCAUCCGCCGCUGCCCAGGGAGCGCCCAAGAUGUGGGGGGACUGGGGUGGAAGCGGCUGUAGCAGCUCCAGAGACGGGGGCGCGCAGCAGCCUUUGCUCGCCCGCCUGUCCUGACCUGCGUCGCUUGCCCCCAAAGAAUGUCAGCCAAGUCCAAGGGGAACCCCUCCUCGUCCUCUCCAGCAGAGGGACAGCCGGCAGCCUCCAAAACCAAGGUGAAGGAACAAAUCAAGAUCAUCGUGGAGGAUCUGGAAUUAGUCCUGGGCGACCUGAAGGACGUGGCCAAAGAACUUAAGGAGGUGGUUGACCAGAUUGAUACCCUGACCUCUGACCUACAGCUGGAGGAUGAGAUGACAGACAGCUCCAAAACAGACACACUGAAUAGUAGCUCCAGCGGCACCACGGCCUCCAGCAUAGAGAAGAUCAAAGUGCAGGCUAACGCACCGCUUAUUAAACCUCCAGCGCACCCAUCUGCUAUCCUCACAGUCCUGAGAAAGCCAAACCCUCCACCACCUCCUCCACGGUUGACACCUGUGAAGUAUGAAGACCCUCAAAGGGUGGUGCCAACUGGCAAUCCUGUCAAGACCAAUGGCACCCUUCUACGGAAUGGAGGCUUACCAGGUGGACCCAAGAAAAUUCCAAAUGGAGAUAUCUGCUGCAUACCCAAUAGUAACUUGGACAAGGCUCCAGUGCCGCCUCUGAUGCACAGACCUGAAAAAGACAGGUGUCCCCAGGCAGGGCCUCGGGAACGAGUACGGUUCAAUGAAAAAGUGCAGUACCAUGGCUAUUGUCCUGACUGUGAUACCCGGUAUAACAUAAAAAACAGGGAGAUCCACUUACACAGUGAACCUAUACACCCACCAGGAAAGAUUCCUCUCCAAGGCCCUCCCCUCCCUCCUCCACCCCAUCUUCCUCCUUUCCCCCUAGAAAAUGGGGGACUGGGAAUAAGCCACAGUAACAGCUUCCCCCCUCUCAGACCUGCAACUGUGCCUCCUCCCACUGCACCAAAACCACAGAAGACCAUCUUGAGGAAAUCAACCACUACAACAGUGUGAUGUAUGCCAUUUAAAAAACUUUUUGGUUUUAUUUUUAUUUUCUAUAUUAUAAGCAUAAAAUAAUAAGUAAUGAGCACUUUCUACUCAAGCAAUAAAAAGCCCAAAUAAACUAAUCCUGCAUUCAACAAAGUGGCAUAAAAACCACCUGGUAAGUAUUCAGUGCAUUGCUUAUGUCCUGAGUUCACAUUAUUUUAAAUGCACAUCAUCAAAAACUGCAGAACAAUGAAACCUUUGAAUGCAUUGUUUUUGCACUUGACCUAUGACAAACUGUGACCUUCAGAUUUCAAAUAUUUUGAUUUAUAAUGAGAGAUGUGAUUUCAAAUAUUUUGAUUUAUUAAUAAACCCACAGUGUGAUCCAUUUUAUUCCUGCCUAACUCAUCUAUGCAUUAAAACAUGUCACACUCUUAACUUUGAUCUAAUGCUUUUUAAUAAGAAAUUUUAAUACAGAAGGACUAUUUUGUUAAUUUUUCUAAAGAUGUUUGUCACUAGUUUUGCAUUAUUAAAUGCUGAGGAUAAUACCAAAAGUUUAUUUUCUAUGCUAUACAAUUACUAAUUAAAUGUUCAGCUAUAUAUGUAAUAAAAUAUUUUGGUCUGUGGAAAUGAAUAUCAAUAAAUAAUAGUAAAUAAUGACAAAACCAAGUGUUCCUCAGAAUUAAAAUGAAGUAUUGGUUCAUUUAAUCCUAUGUUAAUAUUCAUCAUAGUGGGUGGCAACUCUAACAGAGUUUGGAGAAGAUCUCAGUGAGUGUAUGUCAGAGUUUUCUAAAUUACAUAUAACCCAUGUCAUAAACGCAUCUACACAUUUUCAUAUUGUCCACUUCCAUCAUGGUAUUUCAGGAGCUGCCUGUUGAUCUCCCUGCAUGUUGCCAGGCCUUAUAAACUCUUGUCACACUCAGCAUUCUUCCAGGGUACACUGGAAGUCAUUGCAGUUGUGGAAUGUUUUGCCUCCUGCACCAGCAAGUUCUCUGCCUCCCUGAAAGAACCCACAUUCCCACAGGACACUCAAAGGAAAAAUAUAGAUGUUUCUGUUAACAGGUUGUGUUCAGCAUUGGCCUGAAGCUAUUUUUCUUCACAGUUGAAAGAUGUCUCUUUGCUCUUCCAUAGCAUCUUUUGCUUCUAUUGCCAAAUAAAGGUCCUUUUUCUUCAGUCUUAUUUGACUUGCCUACCCAAGAGCCAAGUUUGAUUCCCAAUAGCGUUGAUUUGCACUGAUAAGAUGUUUUGUCCCAGAGGUAGAAUGAGUUUAUUUCCCUUAGAGUCAUGGUGAAGAAUAAUGCCUGAAAAUAAACUGGUCCAGAGUAGA